AUGGAUAGGGACCAAGAAGAAAUUCAGUUUGUGGGGUUCUUUGGAAUCUUCAAAGAAUCAUACAAUAUAGUUACUUCAUGGGGAAAAAUUUUCAGUCAAAUAACCUUAGCCUUGAUCCUUCCUCUUUCCUUCAUCUACUUAGCACACAUCCAAAUCUCAGAGCUCCUAUUUGCAGAUAUCAUGAACAAUGAAUCCACGUUUAAUAUAACUCCAGCGGGUACUUCUUCAUAUAACACAAUUAUGAGUAUUUUAUCAUCUAAAUUGACUGCCUAUACUUUGUUCAAGAUCGGCUACUUGAUUUUCUUCAUCAUUCUUGCCCUUCUUUCUACAUCUGCUGUUGUUUAUACAAUAGCAUGUAUUUAUACUGGCAAAGAAAUUAGCUUCAUAAAGAUUAUGAGUGUGGUUCCAAAGGUUUGGAAGAGGCUUAUGGUUACGUUUAUAUGGAAUUUUAUUAUUCUCUUUGCAUUCAGUUUCAUUGCAGUCUUGAUCGUGAUUUUACUUUUGAGUCUUUAUUUGCUCGGAUCAUCUGACAAAGUUGUGGAUAAUCUCGCCUUACUUUUUAUCGUCAUAUACUUCAUUGGAUCGGUAUAUGUCAGUGUAAUAUGGCAUCUGGCAACCGUGGUUUCGGUUCUGGAAGAAAGUUAUGGCCUUAAUGCCAUGGCAAAAAGUCGGGCUCUGAUCAAGGGGAAAAUGGGACUUUCUGUUGGUAUUUUUCUUCUAUUUGGUCUAUGCUUUUCAGGAAUUCAGAUGUUUUUCAAAAAUCAUUUCGUGAUUAAGAAGAGAGAUAUUGGACUUCUAAACAGAAUAGGGUAUGGAAGUUUAUGCCUGUUUUUGCUGUCAAUUUUGAUGCUAUUAGGCCUCAUCAUGCAGACAAUAAUCUAUUUCAUCUGCAAGUCGUAUCACCACCAAAACAUCGAUAAAUCAUCGUUAGCCGAUCAUCUUGGAGGGUAUCUUGGAGAAUAUGUUCCUUUAAAGACUAAAGAUGUUCAACUGAAGCAAUAUGAAGUUUGA